AUGAUCGGAAAGAUCGGCAGUAGACUUAGGCAGUUAAGGUUCUGGAGAAAAAAACGAUCAGUAGCUGCCUGUUCUGCUUGCGACCUGUUAGACUCAGAUGAUGCCAAUGUUGUUAUAGCUAAUGUAUGUGGUGCUGAUGCAGCUAGUGGUUUGGAGGAUAUUACAAAGAGUAUACAAAAUCUACAACUUUUGUAUGAAGACGUCAUGAAUGGAACUGUACUCACAGAGAUACUAAUUGGAGCGCCUCAAAUGACGACCACUCCGUCCUUGUCUAUCUCAGCUGAUCUUGACCACAUCAUAUACAGCAUUGGACCAAGGACAAAAACAUUGGGCGGGGUGCCCGGGGAGAAAAUAAUCUUCAGUGAUAAACCAGCAUCGUAUGCUAUGCUGGCAGAUAAAAUUUACAAUGAUUUUGUGUGAAAAGACCUAAAUGUGAAAAAAAAUCUUUACAUGUA